CAGCUGGCCAGCCCACCGCUUCCAAUAUGCAACAGCAUCUUAGACUUUGUAUGUAGUAUAGUCGCACCAAUCACGGUACUCUUUCGUCAACGAGUCGUGCCACGCACGCAGAUACAAUUCAGGCCGCUCGGCAUCAAGCUUCACGUACCCCUCCAUCAGACCAUGGCCGAGCCUAGCAACAAUUUCGCGCACCUGCUCCCCCCGUCGUGGAUCAAGCACGUGCAGCUCUGGCUUGAGGACGACAUUCCGUCCUUCGACGUCGGCGGCUUCGUGGUCGGCGAGACGGAGGAGACGGCGCUGCUUCUGGGCAAGUCGGAGGGAGUACUGGCCGGUGUUCCAUUCUUCACCGAAGUCUUCCGCUCUCUCGACUGCCACGUCGAAUGGCUAUUGAAAGAGGGCGACGAGGUCAAGCCCAGUAGCGUCCCGGGCGGCAAAGUGCCGGUGGCCAAAGUGACGGGCAAGUGCCGUCAGCUGCUGCUAGGCGAGCGCACGGCCCUCAACAUCCUCACGCGUGCCAGUGGCGUCGCUACGCAGGCCCGACGCUCCGUGGAACAGGCGCGCUCGCUCGGCUGGAACGGCCACGUGGCCGGCACCCGCAAGACGACACCAGGCUUCCGCCUCGUGGAGAAAUACGCGCUACUGGUGGCCGGUGCCUCCACGCACCGCCACGAUCUGUCGCAAAUGGUUAUGCUCAAGGACAACCACGUGUGGGCGGCCGGCAGCAUCACUAAGGCCGUGCGCAAGGCCAAGCUGGCUGCCGGCUUCUCUAUGAAGAUCGAGGUCGAGUGCCGUCGCAUUGAGGAGGCACAGGAGGCCGCUAAGGCCGGGGCCGACAUCGUCAUGCUCGACAAUUUUGAACCGGAGCAGCUCAAGUCUACGGCCGCCGAACUCAAGAAGCAGUUCCCUCAUCUGCUCAUUGAGGCCAGCGGUGGCAUCACGCCCGAGACGCUCUGCCAGUACGUGUCGCCCGAUGUGGACGUUGUUAGUCAGGGCAAACUCACGCAGGGCUAUCCGUGCCUGGACUUCUCGCUCAAGAUCCAGAAGUCGGACGGCGUCUUGCAACAGUAAAACCAUGUUGGCAAGGCUUUUCGACGUUAAAACAGAGGCGAAUCAAAAGUAAAACUUCAUUUCAGCGCGAAAACUGUUCGAGUCGUUCGAUUAAAUGUUGCACGUCACUUGCAGGACUUCUGCGGUUGCCGUAGCGAUUUUUAGUGCCUUUCUGAUGCGCACUCUGCUCCUCGAGCUGCAUCAACCGCACGAUCUUCGUAAGCCACGCACACAGCGGCGCCAUCUUUUUCAGAAACAUUUCUUUCGUGUUCACGUUAAUGUUCGUCAAGCGCCACUCCAGCUCAACGACGAGUUGGGUCACCAGCUCCACUUGAAAAGGCCUGGCAAAAGCCAACAAAUUAGCGAUAGAAAAAAAUGAAAUUCAUGUGCAU